GGCACCACCUCCUCUUGAUGCGCCGGUGUGGGGCGCGCAAUGGAAACGGGAUGCUGGCUGCUCGGGGGCGAGUUCGAGGACUCGGUGUUCGAGGAGAGGCGGGAGCGGCGGCCUGGACCACCCGAGUCGUACCGCGCCAAACGCUGCGAGCCGCAGUGGUUUUGUGAAGAAACAGGGAGCAGCGAUGAUGUUGAAGCUCUGACUGUCCAGAAAUUCAAAGGGGACCUGGCCUACAGACGGCAAGAGUAUCAGAAAGCACUGCAAGAGUAUUCCAGUAUCUCAGAAAAACUGCCGUCUACAAAUUUUGCCAUGAAAAGGGAUGUCCAGGAAGGCCAGGCUCGGUGCCUUGUUCACCUGGGAAGGCACAAGGAAGCCCUGGAGAUUGCCACAAACUUGGAAAAUAAAGCAACUAACACAGACCACAUAACCACUGUACUCUACCUCCAGUUUACUAUUUGUUCCAGUUUGCAGAACUUGGAGAAAACCAUUUUCUGCCUACAGAAACUGAUUUCUUUGCAUCCCUUUAAUCCUUGGAACUGGGGCAAAUUGGGAGAGGCUUACCUGAACUUGGAGCCAGCACUCUCAGCAUCACUUGCGUCAUCUCAGAAAGAGAACAGUUUCACCUCAAGUGACACGGCUAUCAAAUCCUCCUUUCCCCACUCAGGAAAAGACUAUCUUUUGUGUUUCUCUGAAACUUUGCCUGAGAGCUCUGUGGAAGUAGGCAGUGGUAAUAAGCAAAAGAAUGAGAAAGCUCUUAAAGAUAUUAAAAACCGUAUGACAGAAGAGAGAGCAGCAGUGUUGCUGGAAACUCGGAUGAAAGCCUGUGCCUCUUUUAUACGAACCAGGCUUUUGCUUCAGCUUGCCCAAUCUCAACAAACAUCCUUUGCUUUGGAGAGGAACUUAAGGACUCAGCAGGAAAUUGAAGAUAAAAUGAAAAGGUUCAGCUUCAAAGAAGACACUUUGCUGUUGAUAGCAGAGGUUAUGGGCGAAGAUAUCGUCCCAGAAAAACUCAGAGACGAGGUUCACACGGAGGUCAAGUGUGUUGGCCCGGCGGCCCUGACUACCUUGGUGAUCGGGUCUUCGAAAGAGUUUGAAGACAAGUGGUUCAGAAAGAUCAAAGACCAUGUCCAUCCCUUUGAAAAUCAGUUCCACUCAGAGAUACAGAUCUUACCUUAGUGGUCCCUAUAAAAACAAAACAAAAAACAUCUUGUACUCUAUUAAGUGUUCUGGUUUACUUCAGACAGAAUCCUCUGCUAAUCAUGGAAUAUACUGAAUUAAAAACAAUCAUCUAUGUUUUAUAAAAA